AUGGCCAGCUGCUCGGAAUUUGCGGAUCCCUGUCUGGAGAGACAUUUUGCUGGACAUCGUAAUACCAUUACUCAAGUACGAUUUAAUCCCGAAGGCAACAAAUUGGCAACGAGUUCCUUGGAUUCCUCGGUAAUAUUAUGGGAUUUAAAACAAGCCGCAAGAUGCAUACGCUUUGCUGCACACACCGAAAGUGUUUACGGCGUCAGUUGGUCACCACGCUCCAAUUUGGUGGCCUCCUGUUCCAAAGACAAAACUGUUAAAAUAUGGGAACCCAAGCUGCGUGGUGUGUCGGGAGAAUUUCUAGCCCAUGGCAAACCAGUACGAUCGGUAGAUUUUGAUCCAACGGGUACAAUGGUGGUAACAGCAUCCGAUGAUAAAUCUCUCAAACUGUGGAAGGUGGUGCAACGAAAAUUUCUACAAUCAUUUGCGCAUCACACAAAUUGGGUACGUUCGGCAAAAUUUAGUCCCUGCGGACAAAUGAUUGCUUCAUGCGGUGACGAUAAGACAUUGCGUAUUUAUGACAUCAACUCCGGCCAGUGUAUACGAUGUUUUACCGAGGAAAGGGGUAUGGGCCGGCAAUUGGCAUGGCAUCCGGAUGGAAAUAUGAUUGCUGUGGGUAUGACAUGUAAUCGGGUGAAAAUAUUCGAUUUGGUUGCCCAACAAUUGAUACAAUUGUAUCAGGUGCACUCGGCCCCCGUUAAUGAUUUGGCUUUCCAUCCAAAUGGCAAAUUUAUGCUCACCUGUAGUGAUGAUGAAACAAUGAAAAUAUUAGAUUUGCUCGAAGGGCGACCGGUCUAUACACUGACGGGGCAUACAGGAAAAGUUACGGCGGUUGCCUUUAAUCAUGAUGGUUCGAGGUUUGCUACCACCGGACAAGAUAAACAGCUCCUCGUUUGGAAAUCCAAUCUACACACCUAUGACAUCGAAUUGCAUGCCGAAAAACUAAGCCGAGAAUGUCAAUUGAGUGAAAGCGGUGUGGAACCGCACACAACAAUGUCUACAACAAAUGCCACCAGUGAUCAAUCAAUUCUCAUUGAUCCACGACAAUCUAUGGCCUAUCGACAUCAUGAUGAAAAUUUCCAGGUGCUUGAUUGUGAAUAUUCUGAAAAUGACCACGAACAACACAAUCACAACAGUGGUAGUACACCUACAAAAUCAACAUCCAACAACAUUACUACACAUUCCUCAUCCACAGCCACAAUGGAUUCAUAUGGUCAGAACGGUUCUUCGCUAUUACAUCUACCUAUGGCUGCACAAUCAAAAUCCAAGUCAUUCAGUCCAAAUAAAAACUAUAGUCCACGUAAAAAAGAUUUACCACAUUAUUCCUAUGACAAUAAUAAAUAUUUAUAA